UUCUUAAUUUCCGUGCAAGUCAGCGACGGAGAGAGAAAAAAGAAAAAAAAAAAACACAAAAGAGACGACAUCAAGAUAUGUGCAGCUCGCGAACCCGCAUACCCUGUAAAAGAUGAAAAGGUAGAGAGAAGCAACAGGCUGUAAAGCGGCCCUUACCGAAUAGAGCCCCUCGUUCUACCUAAAAAUCGCCGGUUUUCAAUCCAGUCCAAGCCCGCACCACUUUUGUGCAGCAGCCUGGGCUGCCACCACAACAAAACGCCCACCAUGGAUUCUCAUCAGCAUCAUCUUCAUCAUAAUCACCCGCAACAAUCUCAAACACACCAAGAUGAGCCCUAUGUUACCCUCCGGACGAGGGCACCAAGGGGUGAUGGUGCCAGCAUGAGCAGCGCAGAUUCAACCUACGGCUCGGGUGCGGGUGUCUCGACGCCUUCUGCAACUCAUGACACGAGCCGUGUGAAUUUUCACGUCAAACAUCUCGAGACGUUUGCAAAAAGUCUAGAAGAUUCGGCUGGGCGAGCUUUUCCAAAUAGGGGGCUCUCCAUGCAAAGAUAUUCCAAAGUGCAAGUGCUGCUACUUCACUGGAAGUCUGAUGAUCUUUUCGUUCUGCCUGAGCUUGAGGACCUUGAGCAGUGUAUGCGGGAAGACUACAGCUUCGAAACCGAUAUUUUUGCCAUCCCGUCCGAAAACUCUCACCUGGAGUUGAUGCUCAAGGUUGGUUCCUUGAUCAAAGAUCAUGAAAGCACAGACACUCUCUUUAUCGUCUACUAUGGCGGCCACGCAAGGAUAGACGAAUCUAGGCAAAGCACCUGGUGUGCAACUCGCCACUCUGGCUCGCCAUGGCUGCAGUGGUCCGCCAUCCAGACUCUACUGGAACGUUCCGUCUCGGACACGUUGAUCCUGCUGGACUGUUGUGCAGGCGCUGCGAGCGCUACAUUCCCCAAUGGCAAGAGCAUCACCGAGACCAUCUCAGCAUCUAGCUGGGACGCCAUAGCACCGGAUCCAGGGCGUUACUCGUUCACAAAUGCGCUCAUCGAAGUUCUUCAGCAGUGGAAAGUCAGGACCUUCUCAGCAGCAAUGCUUCACGCCGAGGUUCUAGCGCGCCUAAAACAUCCCAGACCCAUCACCAUCAACGGCAAGCACUUCGAGGCUCGCUCAACCCCUGUGCACUUCAUGAUGACCUCGAACCACAAAGCGCCCAGCAUAGAGCUGGGCCGUAUCGUACCUGAGAACAGACGUCCUCCCUCGCCUCCGGAUGAGCCAGAGGCGACCAUGCCCCUCCCAUCCGCUCCUAUAAGCUCAGGCAGGGGUGGCUCAGUAGAGGGUGCUGGCACAGAACCUACCGAACAUCGACCGCAUGUCAUGAUCUCAUUGGCCCUCGAAGACAACCAGCAACUUGAUCUGGACGCAUGGGAGCAAUGGUUGGCCAGCUUCCCAGCGCUGGCCAAGUAUGUCAAGGUUCAGGGUGUCUUCAAGAGCCAUUCGACGCUACUCUUGCUGUCCCUCCCGGUCAUGAUCUGGGAUUUGCUUCCAGAAGAUCAUGCGUGCAAUUUCGUGGCUUUCAUUAGGUCGAACAACAUGAUUAAGCCUUCUGCUGAGACCAACGAUACGAGGAUUGCCGAUAAUGUGUCCAUUUCCGGCACCACCCAAGCAGAGGAUAUGAUACCCGAAGACUUACGGGCCGGUCCACUUGUUGGUGGGCGGCAUUUGCCCUAUGAUGGCCAAAGAACUCUGACAGCAGCACCGCGGGACUAUAUUAGAUAUAUCCCCUCUUCUUUAAAGGGGCACGGUGCACAGCAGCCCCGGGAUAAUACUUACGAAAAGAUCAGCCGGAACGAAAUAAUGAACACGUCAAGGAGCUCCAAGUGGACAGUAUACCACCCAGAGUCUGUGCCCGAGGCACCUCGGUUCAAUUCUCAUAUAGUUGCCCGUCUGGAAGAAUACUUUAAUAAUGAUCCAGAGCCGAGCAACGCUGCGAUUGAAUAUUACGCAUCAAACCUUGGCGCUCAGACAAAUGACAUAAGUCUCUGGUUCUAUCACCGCCACAAGAAAGAGCGAGAUUCGUACAGCCAGAGCAAGCGCAAACUCGCUGUGGAACCACCGCCACCGAGGGAGGAAGCGAUACGCAUGAUCUUGCCAGGUCAUCUCAACAGGCUCUUGGAGAUCUAUCCAUCCCAGGUUCUCUUUUUAGACCUGCGACCCCCUACCGACUUCCAGAGGUCCCAUAUCCACCGCGCAGCCAACCUGCGUGCACCAGUGAGCUUUUUGGAGCACUCCACCAUCGAAAUGAUCGAGGGUGCAUUCUCGGACGAGACCAGCCAUGCAAGCUUUUCCAAGUGGUAUUCAGCAAAGUGUGUAGUUAUCUACGACCGCGUGAUCGAGUUUUCUUGGGAGUGUCCGACUGCCGAGGUGCUUUACGACAAAUUCAGGAGCAAAGGCUGGACUGGCAGGUUCUUUGUCCUAAAGGGCCCCUACAGGGAGUUCUCGGCCUCGUACGAAAAGUACAUAGUCGGUGCAAAGACUUCAACGGCCGCCAAUGAAUACCUUGAGUCUUUGGAACACACGCCACCAACCACAGCAGACCAAGUUGUCGAGUACCAGGAUCAGUACGAAGAAUGGCUACGUCUUGUGGAGAAUGAAGAUCGCGUGCCUUCAGCAAAUCUCACACCAGCAAAGCAAUCGGAAAGACUACGGGCCAUGCAACAAAACCAAGAGGCACUGGAAAACGAAUUCCAGUCACAAUUUCCUGAGCUGUACAGGCAGUCCGUCGGAAAGCUUCCACAGCAGGACCCAUGGCCGACGGACAGAAAGGAGAGGAUUGAGGCAUCACAAGGGCCGUUAGUAGCGCCGCUGAGCCGGGCACUGGAUAAAAUGCACGAGGCGGGAAUGUCACCGCCGCCGGCACCACCACCACCCUUGGCAGAUCGCAAGGGCAGCAGCUACUCGGAUAAACUCGAAGGCAGCAGCGGGCGGAGCGGCGGCUAUCCUCCCGACAAACCAGUCGGGGGCGGCCGCGGUGGCUACUCUGGGGAUAAGAUGGACGUCGAGCAGAUGGAAGAUGAAGACAUGGAUGGUGGUGGCCCUGGCGAUUUGCCGGGUGGCCAGGCCGCGGUGGGUGUUGGAGGUGGAAGCGAAUCGUCCAAGAAGCGGCAUCAACAGCAGCAACCCUUCUGGAAGCGAUUACGAAGCAGUAGAUCGUGAUGUCCUGCUCUUGCGAUCUUCAACUGCGCGUGUCAAGAAAGUCUACGGGAUCAUAUCAUAUCUAGCAUGUAUCACAUUUUGGUCUUUUUCUUCUUCUUUUUCAGGUUUUUAAUUGGCGGUUCAGAUGGCGUAUAGGGGUUUUUCUAACCAACGUGGGACUGAUGGUACUUUUAGACUGCAUGGACAAAUAUGUACACCCUAUGACGGCGGGACAGGGUUUCUCGUUUGGUUAAAGAUGUAUAUUGGCGCGUGAUACAUAGUGGUGUGCAGCUUGUAUAUAUUGCUGCCGUCCUCUAUAAAAUAAAAUAAAAAGAAAAGAAAAAAAAGAAUUCACCCCUGAGUUAAAUCACAUACGGAACAGAACAUUCGGCGUCUUUGACAAUACCUCCC